AGGUAAAAGGUCCAGGAGUUGGGCUGCUUGGAAUUUCCGAAGGGGGUGAACUCUGCCUUUCCAUGGCCUCUUUCCUGAAGGGCAUCACGGCUGCUGUCAUCAUCAACAGCUCUUUGGCCAGUGCUGGGGGAGGCAUACACUAUAGGGGUGAGAUCCUGCCCCCUGUCGGUAUCAACAAAAAUAGCAUCAAGGUGACCAAAGAUGGCUUUGCAGACAUUGUGGGUGUCCUGAACAGCCCUUUAGAAGGACCUGAACAGAAGAGCUUCAUUCCUGUGGAAAGGGCAGAGAGCUCCUUCCUGUUCCUGGUAGAUCAGGAUGACCUCAACUGGAAGAGUGAGUUCUAUGCUAAUGAAGCCUGUAAAUGCUUGCAGGCCCAGGGGAGGAGAAAGCCCCAGGUCAUCUGUUACCCAGGGGCAGGGCACUAUAUCGAGCCUCCUUAUUUCCCAUUGCCAGGCUUCCAUGCAUGCCUUGGUGGGCGGUCCUGUUAUCUGGGGAGGAGAGCCCAGGGUCACGCCAUGGCUCCGUUGGAUGCUUGGAAAUGACGCCAGACUUUCUUCCACAAACACUUGGGUGGCAAAGAGGGGACAAUCCCAGCCAAACUGUAAUUUUUAUUUGAUCAUGUGGCCUCUCUGUUGCUAAUCUCUCCUGGGAACAUCUGCCACAUUUAGUGUAUGUAUGUAUAUUCAUUCUUUGCUUUUUAAUAACUAAAGUGUUUCCCUCUCAUUAUUAACAUGAAUUUUCCAGUAA